AUGAGUAAACUACCUGAUAUCGGAAGCGAUAUGAAUCAAGAUGAAAAAGACUACGCCGAGUACAUUGGAGUCGGCGUAGCCCAUCAUAAGCCACCGGCGAAAAAGAUGCGACUAACGACGUCAUCUGUAUCGUCACUCAUCGUGAAUUCAGAAGUCAAUCAGGAGCCGAAGAGUAUCGACGUCUUCGCAAGUUCUCAACCGUCGAAUGAUGGAUACGAAACGUGUCGAGAAUCGAUUGAAGAUGAGGAAACGAGUGGAAAUUUGACUGAAAAUACUCAAAAAUUGGCUGAAAAUGAAAUCGAAUCAGAAUGCGUCGACGACUCGCAAGAAGUCGAAUCCGAGGGUUCUAUGGAAAUCGGAGAGGUUUUCGAUGAAACAGAGAUUUAUGAGGCUGAAAAACGAGGAAUAGCUGCUGAAAACAAGCAAAAUGAGUCGAAUUCGAGUCAAGAGGAUGAGGAAGUGCUGAAAGAGAUGGAAAUCGAGAUGAAGACGGCAGAAGAGAAUUCUCUCCAAAAGUCACCGUCAUCUCAAGACAUUUUCGACUACGAAUCAGUCAAAAUUCCACAGAUUAUUCUUGAGGAUUCAGAAUCCACUGACGUCGUCAGAAAUAACGAGGAAGAAGAGGAGACGAUGGAAGUAGAUGAAAAAGAAGAAGACGUCAAUGAGGCUGACGAUGUUCGGAUGGAGAGUCACGAAGAGAUGAAUACAGAAGUCGUCGUCGUAGCAGAAGAAGACGAAGACGUCGAAGAACAGGAAAGUGAGACGAAAUCAGAGAGUUUGUGCCGAAAGAAGAUAGAACGUGUCUCGUUGGAACCGAAUUCUGGCGAUGAAGCCGAAGAGAUCGUCUUAUCAGAAGACGAUGAGAAAUCAGAAGACGUGAAGGCUGCUCCAGAAGACAAAAAGCCCACGACGACGUCACCCGUUGCUCCGAAGCCUAAACCGGCUCCACGUCCCCGUCCAGACAAUAAAUAUCUCAUAUUCAAACCGGAUUUCCAGUCGCCGAAUUGCAAUCCGAAAACGAAUUACAGAUACUGUGAAGUGAAUGAGAUGCAGAAGCAGGCAGAAUUUUACCGAUCUGAAAUAGAACGUGUCAUCAUCAAUCAGGAUAAAUACAGUAAGAAGACAUGGAGAGAUUUGCCGAAUCCAAGAUACGAGAUGUACAAGAAUUUACUGACUGGAUACGCGAGAGAGAAUCGAUACAAAACGGACUGUUUGAUGUUGUUCAGUGGCCUGAUCCACGAUAUGUGCGGAAUGACAGUCUAUCAUCCAUUCCCGGCGCUCUUUGGAUAUUUCUCGAAAUACGAAUCGUAUCAAGGAAACGAUCGAUACGCGUUGGAUCAAUUCGGACGAGUCGUACAGAUUGCGUUGUCUGGUUAUCAGUUGUUGCCAGAGCGUAUCUACUGUCUGAUGGGCCAAGUUGAAUCGGCUACACUCUCCCAUCGACAGUGUGCUGCUCUCAUCGCCAGAAUGUUCUUCACCUCAACUGCUCCCAACUUUUUGGGAAUACUGAACUCUCACUCGCCGGUUGCCGUUGAAAAACUCCGUUUCCUUUUCGCCUACUUCGAUCGAAUCUCGGCGAAUCCACCCCAGGGAGUCGUCAGUUUCAGACGAAUCAGCAGAGACGAGGAACUAUUGAGAACAACGAAAUGGAGAGAGAGAAAAUUCCAGAAACUUCCAGAAGUGACGAUGAUUGACGACGAGAGAAUUGAACAGACGACACAGUGCACGCAAGAAGAAAUACGAUUCCUGAUGUGUCCAGAGAUGAUUGUCGGAAUGCUAUUGAGCAAGACAGCAAUGCACAACACAGAAUCAUUCUCAAUCAUCGGUGCAUAUGUAUACAGUUCGUACGACGGAUACGGAAAAUCACUGAAAUGGAAGCCAUUGCAACCGGAAGACGCCGAUCAGAACGACACGUCUCUACGUGAUAAAUACGGACGUCUUCCAGUCGAAACGAUUGCAAUCGAUGCGAUUCAAUACAAUCGAUGGAAUGCAUUAAGAGAACAAGUCGACGGAGAGAAUAUCAUUCGAGAGAUUCUCAAAGCAAUCACCGGAUUCACGGCUCAAGACGGACGCCCGUUCGAGACGGUUCCGAUUCGGACGGGAUGGUGGGGGUGUGGAGCAUUCGGAGGGUGUAAACAGAUGAAAUUCAUGAUCCAAGUGGUCGCCGCCGGAUACGCUCGCCGUCCCCUCCAAUUCUGUACAUUUGGAGAGACGAAGCUCUCGGAGCAAUGCAGAAAGCUGAUGGAAAAGUUGAAGGCCAAAGAUGUCAGGAUUGGCGCUCUCUUCGGAAUUCUCAGAAGGCUCGAUGCGCUGCCGACACUCACCGACAGUACCGUCUUUGAUUACAUCUCCACGACGAUCAGCGAUCCCGGAUGGAAGCAAGCCACGCCUCCCGUCCAGCAUCAAGUACAGUAA